UCAUCGACGCUGUGAACGGGCGCGUUGUUAAAUAACGAGAGGGGGAGACAGACUCGAGUGGAGAACGGCCGCUCGUGCUGCUGGAGCUUCUCAGGGACCAUCAACAGGGAGUGCAACCGACGACAGAGCUUAGAGCUGGGGGUAUGAAAGCUGCCAGAAUCCGCUCCCAUCCUCUUCUGCCCAAGCCCCUAUCCGACUGACAACCAUCGGAUCAGAACCUCCACCGAAACAGCUCUCGGACGAACCCAAUAUCGGUGACGACUUGCAACCAUGGAGCUGAGAGUGGGGAACAAGUACCGGCUCGGGCGAAAGAUAGGGAGUGGUUCUUUUGGAGACAUUUACCUUGGUGCCAACAUUGCCACCGGUGAGGAGGUAGCCAUCAAGCUUGAAUGUGUAAAGACCAAACACCCACAAUUGCAUAUUGAAAGCAAGUUCUACAAGAUGAUGCAAGGAGGAGUGGGUAUUCCAUCAAUUAAGUGGUGUGGUGCAGAGGGAGACUACAACGUGAUGGUAAUGGAGCUGCUCGGUCCUAGUCUGGAGGAUCUUUUCAACUUUUGCUCCCGGAAGUUCAGCUUAAAGACUGUCCUGCUUUUGGCAGACCAGAUGAUUAGCCGCAUCGAGUACAUCCACUCCAAGAAUUUCAUCCAUCGGGAUGUGAAACCUGACAACUUCUUAAUGGGACUUGGCAAGAAGGGUAACCUGGUGUACAUCAUUGACUUUGGCCUAGCCAAAAAGUACCGUGAUGCCCGCACACACCAGCACAUCCCUUACAGGGAGAACAAGAACCUGACUGGCACGGCACGCUACGCCUCCAUCAACACACAUCUUGGAAUUGAGCAGUCCAGACGUGAUGACCUGGAGUCUCUCGGCUAUGUCCUCAUGUACUUCAACCUGGGUUCCCUCCCCUGGCAGGGUCUCAAGGCUGCGACCAAGAGACAGAAGUAUGAACGAAUCAGCGAGAAGAAAAUGUCCACACCCAUCGAGGUUCUUUGCAAAGGAUACCCUUCUGAGUUCUCCACAUACCUGAAUUUUUGCCGUUCACUUCGUUUUGAUGACAAGCCAGACUACUCCUACCUACGACAGCUCUUCAGGAAUCUUUUCCACCGACAGGGAUUCUCCUACGAUUAUGUCUUUGACUGGAACAUGCUCAAAUUUGGUGCCAGUCGGACAGCUGAGGAUGGGGAUCGGGAGAGGAGGACAGGAGAUGAGAGGGAUGAGCGGAUCGGAGGAGCCCCCAGGGGGUCUGCAUCACGAGGCCUCCCUCCUGGUCCAAACCCUGGAGCUCCCAACAGAGUCAGGAACGGGCCAGAGCAGGGCAUCUCUAACCCUGCCUCACGGGUCCAGCAGUCUGGGAACACGUCACCACGUGCAAUUUCUCGUGCAGAGAGGGAGAGGAAGGUGAGCAUGCGGCUCCACCGAGGAGCUCCUGCCAACGUAUCAUCCUCGGACCUCACAGCCCGCCACGACCAAUCCCGAAUUUCCACAUCACAGGUCAGCGUGCCAUUUGAGCACAUGGGGAAGUAGAAGUCUUUGGCUCUGCAUGCACGUGAAACUGACAGGGCUGCAACGUAUAUUCAUAUUCUCCAGUUUAUUUUCCUUUAUUUUUUACCUUGUCUUAUUACAAGAUGAUUGCCAAUGGACACAUGGAUCUUUGCAAAAGGACUGUACAAAUUUUAAAGGACCCAGGGGAAGCACAUGACAGCAUCCAACAUGUGCUCUUUCAUGAACCCUCUUUUACAGAGCCCUGGAUCACCACAAUACAGAAAGCAAAUGAAUGACAGUGCUACACCAUUGUUAAUCCAUGGUUGCUCAUACCUGUUCCCCUUUUCCUCGAAGCAUUCCCCCAAUACCUUCUGUCUGACAAAUGUGAAAGAACUGUUGGCAACAAAGAAGCAAAAAGGUAUCAGGGACACACGCAUGUUUCUCGUCAAAGGUCAACUUUGUGAUUGAUAUAGGUUUUAGUAAGGAUUUAUCUUUUUCAGUUUUAACACAGCAAAAACAACUUUGCAGUGAAUAUCGUUUCUUUUAUCCUUUUAUGAGGACAUCUUAAAUUAGAGCUUGUUAGGAGUUUCCUUUCUUUGCAUUUUUGACAGAAGUAACAGCUAAAAGAAGAAGAGGUGGGUGGGGAGAGAAGAUUGGUGAGAGGGUAGUGGGCAGAAAGAAAGGCAACUUUUGAAAAAGUUAAAGUAAGUGAUGUUUUAGCUGUUGUAGAUUAAUGUUUCUGGUGAAGUAGCAAUUGGUCCUUGCUUGCCCUUCAUCCAUCCACCUUGUAAUGAUAUACUGUCCCUCAAAACUCAGCCACCAAAAUCUCCACCACCCCUUAUUUUUGCCUGUUUUGAAUUGCGUGUUUUCUUUGGUUUUAACAUAAGUGGGGUAAGGUGAAGAAUGACCAUAGAUAUUGCAAAGACACACUCCCAAGUCUUGAGGGAAGCUCCUCAGGAAAUUCUCAGUGUAUUUGACCAGAGACCAUAGCUGCCCAUUUUUGGCUAACAAAUAGUGGCUGCAAUUUUUAUGAUAGUUCUUAAUGUUACCUUUUUUAUUCUUUUGUUAUUGGAAGUUUUAGGGGAGUGGGCAGGCUCUGAUAGGGAUGUCAUUUGGGGGAUGGGGCAUCAAAUGAUUUUUUUUUUUUUUUUAAUGUUUACUCCACUGUAAAUAUUUUUUUUAUUUUGAUGUAAAGCCAAAAUGUGGUUAUUUGUUUUAAGAUGUAAAGUAGAAAAUGCAAACUAAUGACAAAAAUAGGGGCUGGGUUCAGAAGUUUAGGUAUUUAAAGUACUAAAUUGUGGGAUGGGCUACUGUUGCUUUGCCAGCUGGGUCAUCCAACAUUUUGUGUGUGUGUGUGUGUGUGUGUGUAUGUUUGUGUGUGUGUUUGAGAGACAAAAUUGAUACAGUGAAUCCCUGCUAAUACAAGACUCAUUUUGUCUUUGUUUGAAUGCAGAUUGUUUUUAUCUUUGUUCUCUCUACUAUUUAUGUUAAACUAUUGCUAUUUGUUGGAUGUAACUCUGUUCUUUAUUCUCUUAUUCUUGUCUCAUUUCAUCCUCCUGUAACUUAUUAGAAUUACUUUCUUCAGUUUUUUUCUUUUUUUGGCUAUCCCUUUGUUCUUCUGUUAUGCUUCAAAGGUUGUCUGUCCACCUCAUGUAAUACAUAGGGCUUUCAAUAUUCCCUCUGCAAAAAUGAUCCACUAAUAGUUUGAUGUCACCUUUGGAUUUUAACCUCCAGCAACCUUGAUGAUGUCAUUCAGAAGAAAACAUAGCUGAUGCAAUUGCAGGGAUGUGUAAAUAGCGGUUUACUGUGUGUAAUUACCUUUGUACAGGCCACCAUGACCCAGUGGCAUUGGAACUUUUGGGUUGGGGAUGAUAUUGAAUAAUCUGAGGCAAUGGGGGGAUUUCACUUUAUGUAUUGUGUACUGAUAGCUUGUACAGUUCUUUAACACACUUUAUUUACAACAGUAUUUGUGUAUAUUUUAUGAAGUAAUAAAAAUGAAUAACGUUGCUCACAA